AGUCUCUCUCUCUCUCUCUGGUUGUUGUAGUCUCUCUCUCUCUCUCUGGUUGUUGUAGUCUCUCUCUCUCUCUCUCUGACUGUAGCAAUAGUUGCUGCUCGCUGGUGCCAACGCCCGGCGAAACAGAUAGCAAGCGGAGACACGACAGCAGAAAGAAGCACAAACCAUGCAGACCAUCAAAUGUGUGGUGGUGGGUGAUGGAGCAGUGGGUAAAACCUGCCUACUGAUUUCAUACACCACCAACAAAUUCCCCUCUGAAUAUGUACCAACAGUUUUCGACAACUAUGCAGUCACUGUAAUGAUUGGCGGUGAGCCGUACACCCUCGGCUUAUUUGAUACAGCAGGUCAGGAGGAUUACGACCGGUUACGACCACUAAGCUACCCGCAGACAGAUGUCUUCUUAGUCUGUUUCUCAGUCGUUUCACCUUCCUCGUUUGAGAACGUUAAAGAAAAGUGGGUUCCUGAAAUAACUCACCACUGUCCCAAGACCCCGUUCCUGUUGGUAGGCACUCAGAUCGAUCUGCGCGACGACCCCUCCACAGUGGAGAAGCUAGCCAAGAACAAACAGAAGCCGAUCACCCCCGAGACGGCAGAAAAGCUCGCCCGCGACCUCAAGGCGGUCAAAUACGUCGAGUGCUCAGCCCUAACGCAGAAAGGAUUAAAGAAUGUGUUUGAUGAGGCAAUACUGGCUGCCCUGGAGCCUCCCGAACCUAAGAAAAGACGUAAAUGUGUUCUGCUCUAAGUUUCGUCGCAGCCGUCUUCACACCACGUUUCCAAAUCUAGGUUAACAGUACUGAAGCGGCUCGGCUGCACAAAGCACAUUCCAGCACGAGUUGAGGUAUCUUGAAAUGUUUGCCUUCUUGACUGACUUAACCUGAAUACAUAUUCAAUGUGUCGAACGUGAUUUUUAAAAAAAGAUUGAGUAACAUAUGAUGCUCUUCGUGAUGAUUUGACGCCAUUGAGAUGGUCUUACGUGAUACGACCAUUUCGACUACGUAAAAACCUGUAGGUGACGUUUUGAAAUAACACAUGUUAAAGAGUUUGCAGAAGUUUUUACUUCCAAAAGAAUGAACUAUGAAGUGGUACUUUUACCAAGACAACUGUUUUAUUGACUGUAAGACACAAACAAGCUGAUAAUGAUGGGUUAGAGAGAUGCUCAAACUAUGUUAUAUCCUUAAAACAUUUUUUUUGUUACUUUUCAAGUAAUUCCCUCCAGUUUAUCAUUUAUACAAUAUGUUCGACUCUGGCGCACAAGACUACAAACAUUCUUCCAUCACCGGUGGAGUAUCUAGCAAUAUGAAUCCUGCUCCUGAGUUAUUUUUCGAAAGUUUUUUUUGUUUUCAAGACUCAAAGUAUUAAUUUAAAUCGUUGUAUUCUUCCCAUCGUUUCAUGUUCAAUGUCAACACAAAUAUUCGAUGUAAUCUGACGAUGCUCCACCGUAGUUCUCGUUUGCCAAAAACAAAAACACCUGUUAGAAGCUGACAAAGAAGUGGGAACUGUUCAGUUUCAUAUUCUUUGUUAACACUUCAUUGGAAGUACAACAACCACUGUCAGUUUACGUCAUCACACGCAGGGGAGUUAGAGCACAACCGUUUGCCGGUCGUUUUCUUUUUGUGACAGAAGUUGGUGUGUGUCCUGAAAGCUUAUGAAAACUUUGAAGCAGGAUUUCGGCACUGUAACCCAGGCUAAUGAGCCUGAGAGUUUUGUAAACUGAACGUACUCGCCGCUCUAACCGCAGCGUCUUUAAGUGUGACGGUUCUUACGAAAUGCUAUACGUUGUUUGACCCUGUGAAUAUUUUUGAGUGACUGAACUAGCUCUAUUUGUCUUUUACUAUUUCAUGCCUCCUGAAUGGGCGGGCUUGAAUUUGUAAAUAUAGUGAGAAUAACUCAUAACUUAUUGACUGAAUACAAUGUGUGCAUUACCGAUAACGAGAUUUAAAGAAGCCGAGAUGACAGUGAAAUCAGAUUAACCAGGAAAAUGUUAAGAUAGCGAGUUUCUUGGACUCUCUUGAUUUUUAUUCAAAUUGACAUCACAUUGUACUGUAUCUUUCUUGCAUCACAAUAAACCAGUAUUAUGAAUAAACCUAACUUCAAAUCCUA